AUGGCUCCGCAGCACGAAGAGCACUACCAUCCCAAGGAUGCGAUCUCGGCAUCGCUGAAGACCACCAUGCUCACUGGUGGAGCUGGUCUUUUCGCCUCAGCCGUCCAGAACACUCUGACUAGACAGAACGUCGGCCCGAUGGGCGUCUUCGUGCGGAGCGGUAGCACUGUCGGUAUCUUCGCCGCAAUGGGAGGUACCUACGAAUUCGUGAAGACCGCAUCCGCCAACCUUCGUGAGAAGGAAGAUCACUGGAACGUCGCUCUUGGAGGUUUCUUCUCCGGUGCGCUCCUGGGUCUCCGAGCUCGCACCUUCCCCGCCCUGCUGGGCUACGGCGCCGCUCUGGCCACCCUUACGGGCGCUUUCGAAUACACCGGUGGAUCGUUGUUCGGUCAGAAGAGGGACCCUACCGUUGAUGAGUUUGAGCGCCGUGAGCAGAUCCGGACGACAUACAGAAUCCCCGCAGAGCAGACCUUUGCUGAACUCGGAGAAGGCCGAGGCAUCUACGCUCCCGGAUACGCCGAGAGACGGGCCGAGAGGCUCAAGGAGGCAUAUGGUAUCGAGGUUCCCACAUCGGCUCCUGCAUCAUGA